AUGAUUGCUUUGGUUUUUGAUCUCGGAGGCGGUACUUUCGACGUGUCUUUGCUCACCAUUGAUGAGGGUGUUUUUGAGGUUCUCGCCAUUGCUGGUGAUCCACAUCUUGGAGGUGAAGACUUUGACAACAAUCUGCUCAAGCAUUUUCUCAAGAUUGCUUCUCAGCGCUUCAAAGCCGACUUUACAGACAACAUGGUUAUCGUUUCAAAACUCAAGCGCGAAGUGGAGAAGGUCAAGAAAAUUUUAUCCUACGAAGAAUCGGCUACCCUUACAAUUGAAAACUUUUACAAGGGAGAAGACUUUAGUGAGAAAAUCACCCGUGCUCGCUUUGAAGAUCUAAAUCGCGAUCUCUUCAUGAAGACUUUAAAGCCGGUUGCCCAAGUUUUGGAAGACGCAAAGGUAUCCAAAAGCAAUGUUGAUGAGGUUGUGUUGGUCGGUGGCUCAACUCGAAUUCCUUUUGUACAAAAGAUUCUGCAAGACUUUUUCAACGGAAAGAAGCUCAAAAAAGACAUCAAUCCGGACGAAGCUAUUGCUUAUGGUGCUGCCGUCCAAGCCGCAAUUAUUUCGGGAAAAGACAAGUCUAGUGGUAUCGUUUUGCUUGACGUUUGCCCUCCUUCUCUUAGCAUUGAAACGACCGGUGGUGUUAUGACUACGCUGAUAAAAAGAAACACAGCCAUCCCCAGCAA